CGUGCCUCGUGCGUUCCCUUCUCUAGCCUUCAGCUUCCAUGCACUCCGCUCUAAUCUAGAUUAACUCCUUUCAUCACUCAUCACCUCCUUCUUCGUCUUUCUCUUCCUCACAUCCAUAAUAGAGUACAGCACCAGCAUCUCUCUCUCUCUCUCUCUCUUUCUCUCUGGUUAGUUAUAUAUAUCCAUGGCGGGUGGAGGAAUAACGGCUCCAGCUGCCGGAGGGACGCAGUUCGAGGCCAAGAUCACGCCCAUCGUCAUUAUCUCCUGCCUCAUGGCCGCCACGGGCGGCCUCAUGUUUGGUUACGACAUCGGCGUUUCAGCUGGUGUUACCUCAAUGGAACCUUUCUUGAAAAAGUUUUUCCCACUGGUUUACAAAAAGACCGAAAAGGAGCAUCUGGAUCUGGACAGGAACUACUGCAAAUAUGACAAUCAAGGCCUGCAACUGUUCACGUCAUCUCUGUUCUUAGCCGGUUUGAUCGCAACCUUCUUCGCCUCCUACACCACCAGGAGGCUCGGCCGGCGGCUCACUAUGCUCAUCGCCGGCUUCUUCUUCCUCGUCGGUGUGGUGUUCAAUGCUGCCGCUCAGGACCUUGCCAUGCUCAUUAUUGGACGCAUCUUGCUCGGCUGUGGCGUCGGAUUCGCUAAUCAGGCAAUUCCGUUGUUCCUCUCAGAGAUAGCACCUGCAAGAAUACGUGGGGGACUUAACAUACAGUUCCAACUCAACGUGACCAUUGGUAUCCUCUUCGCCAAUCUGGUCAAUUACGGCACUUCAAAGAUCGAAGCAGGAUGGGGCUGGAGGCUGUCACUAGGGUUGGCUGGUGUCCCGGCCGGCCUCCUAACCCUUGGGGCCCUCUUCGUGGUGGACACCCCCAACAGCCUGAUCGAGCGCGGCCGCCUGGAAGAAGGCAAGUCUGUUCUCAGGAGGAUCCGAGGCAUUUACAACGUUGAACCUGAGUUCCAGGAGCUUCUCGAGGCCAGCCGCAUUGCCAAACAAGUCAAGCACCCCUUCCGCAGCCUCCUCAAGAGGAGGAACCGCCCUCAGCUCAUCAUUGCCGUCUUCUUACAGAUCUUCCAGCAAUUCACUGGCAUCAAUGCAAUCAUGUUCUACGCCCCAGUGCUCUUCAGCACACUGGGAUUCAAGGACGAUGCCUCCCUCUACUCAGCGGUCAUAACCGGCGCAGUGAACGUGAUCUCCACCGUGGUCUCCAUCUACUCCGUCGACAAACUGGGCCGCCGGGUUCUCCUGCUGGAAGCCGGCGUCCAGAUGUUCCUCUCCCAAACGGUGAUCGCCGUAAUUCUGGGCAUCAAGGUCAAGGACCACUCCACCAGCCUCCACGAAGGCCACGCCAUCGUGGUGGUGAUCAUGGUGUGCACAUUCGUGUCGUCCUUUGCCUGGUCCUGGGGGCCUCUGGGAUGGCUGAUCCCGAGCGAGACCUUCCCUCUGGAAACCCGGUCGGCGGGGCAGAGCGUCGCGGUCUGCGUGAACCUGCUCUUCACGUUUGUGAUGGCUCAGGCCUUCUUCUCAAUGCUGUGCCACUUCGAGUAUGGCAUCUUCCUGAUCUUCGCCGGGUGGGUGGUGAUCAUGUCGAUCUUCGUGCUGUUUCUGUUGCCGGAGACGAAGAACGUGCCGAUAGAGGAGAUGACGGAGAGAGUGUGGAAGCAGCAUUGGCUGUGGAAGAGGUUCAUGGACGAUGAGGGAGAGGCUGGCGGGAAUAUGGAUGGCAAUAAAAUUGGUCACACCAAUGGGUUUGAUCCCGCUUCCCAGUUGUAGAAACUGAUGAUGAGGAUCCAUCUUUUUCGGCUAAACCUGGAAUCAAGUGAAUUAGUGAAAGUUAGAUUAAAUAAAUCAAUUGAUACACCACGGUUUUACGUUAAUUACCACUUAUAUCUCUGUACAUAUAUAUACAGUCGUCUGAUAGAAGAAUUGGUUAAGAGUUUUGUUUCGCCUCUUCCUGAUUGAAUUGCAGUUGCAUCCCCCCUUAAUCUUUGGCUGAAUGAGGGGUCUGCAAGACUGCAACCUGCAUUACAGUUUGAUUAAAAUAUCAAUGGAUUUCUGUUAAUUUCCAA